AUGUUCCACACAAACCUUGAGCACCACUUGCCGGCUUCUUGCUUCGACUCGAUUUCCUGCUCGAAGAGGCUGGUUGAGUUGUCGUACUGCUGUUGUUUCUCGGAGGAGGCCGGUUCGGGCCACUUUAUAAACGCCUUUGCUUUCCUUUGGACUCUCGUUGACACAGAAGCACCUGUAGAAGAGGUGCCAGUCGGUGGGAUCUUCUGUCUCUUGGACUGUCGACCCGAAGGCCCGGGGAGGGUACUUGGGCUGGUCUGGCUCCUGGCCUGGUCCGGAGGAGGGGGGUUCUUCCGCUUCCUCGUCGACGACGGCGUUGUUCUGGAGUUAUUCGAGAUUUCUGUAGAAAUGGUACCGUCCGUGGUAGUCGAAGGGACAGGUGCACCCGAGGGACGCGCUACCUGGCUGCUGGCUGCUUGGCGAGCAGAUGAUCUAGUGAUUCUGGGAGGCAUGAGUAACGAGGUCUCGGAGGCCACGAAUAGACACGGCCGACGAAGCAAAGCAGGGGUAUUUGAAGAAAAUGAGACAAUGGAAAAGGAUGUGUUCUGA